AGCCAAUGCUGCGAGCGGCAUGGAGAAAUCCUUGUGGAUUGCAGCUACUGGCGAGCUAGAAGAAGAACAAGAGCGACAAAAAAUUGUUCAAGGCUCUGUUCGUCCAAAAAGGUUCUCUACUAAAGGUUUUGGCGAGAUGAAGACGUGGUCGAAGAUUUUAGUGUUUGUGUUUGCGAUCUUGGCUCUCUGCGCGUGCGUGUAUGGGAGGUCGGUUCCUCAGCUUCGGACUAUCUACAUGGGAGACUCAAUCUUUGAUGUUGGAACCAACAAGUACGUGAAAAGCUCUGUUUCGCGUUGUGAUUUUGUGCCAUAUGGGAAGACAAGGUAUAACAAGCCAUCAGGAAGGUGUAGCGAUGGGUUUCUAAUUCCAGAUCUGAUAAACCAAGUGAUCGGUUUGCCCUUUUCAAAACCAUUCUUGGGCUUGAAAGCUGGGAGCCAACCCCCACUGAGCAUCAACUUUGCGUCGGAUGGUAGUGGAUUACUUGAUUCUACUCACUCGGACUGGGGUGUUGUGUCGUUUAACGAGCAGCUAAAACAACUCGGGCAGCUAGCCAACAAGAUCUCCAAGAAGAAUCUCAAUGAUUUUGUUGUUGUGAUAUCUUCGGGUGGUAACGACAUUGCAGCAAAUCUUCAAAACACUGCUGAGAUAGACUUGGAAGCAAUGCUAGUGUUAUUGGAGAAAGGCUUGGAGCAGCUCUAUAAAUAUGGAUUCAGGAAGAUUGUCUACUCGAGCGUUGGGCCUUUAGGGUGUGCGCCUGUUGUCACGUCGGGUGGAAAUUGCGUGAGAGAAAUUAACAAUCUAGUAGAGCAAUUCAAUGGGCAAGCUCGGGAGAUUGUUUUGGGGGUGGCAAGAAAAUUCCCAGGGAUGAGAGGCACAUUUGUUGAUGGCUAUUCACUGAUCAAAUCCUUUGUGGAGAACCCAGUUAAGUUUGGAUUCAAGAAUGGAGGGGGUUGUUGCCCCAAUUGCCUAUCACACAAAAAUACCUUGAGCGGGCUGUGCAAGAAUCCAAGUGAUUAUGUUUUCUGGGAUUUAAUUCACCCAACGGAGCACACGUACACACUACUGAUGAGAGAAUUCAUGGAACAAAUCACAAAAAUCCUGUAAAUUCACAAAGUAUGCUUACUGGUUUUUGGUUUUCUUAAGAAAAUUUUUAGAGGGACUAUCUAAAAUAUAUUUGAAUA